AUGAGUCUUGACAGAAUUGGAAUCAGCGAAAACCAGAACUCUCAUUCAUCACUUGGAGAAACCGGCUUCCAUUUGAUGGCAAAGAAACCUCGUCCUUCGAAAGGUUCGAUCGAAGAUGAAGUUGUUGACGCUGAAGUCUCCGAACAUUUCCUGAAAGGGUCGUCGAAGAACACGUCCGGUUAUUGUUACUUGGAUCAUCCGGCUGAUGUUCAAGUACAUGCAUGGGGUCCCGAUUUAGCGUCUGCCAUAGCACAAGCAGUGACAGCAACCUAUGGCUAUAUGACGGAUUUGGAAUGCGUAGAAGAGCAGUUUUCUAUGUUUUACUCAGCAAAAGCCAACGAUUUGCAAGGUUUGUUGCACGCAGUUAUGGCAGAAGCGCUUUGUGGUUUCCAGUCAGAACCAUUCUUUGUGGGACGGAGGGUCAUUGUCAGGUCUUUGGACCUGAAGACAUGGUCUGCUGAAUUUGAAGUUUUUGGCGAAUGCUUCAGUCUACAGAAACACACUCAGUUAACCGACGUUAAAGCAAUUACCUAUUCGAAUAUGCAGAUUCAUGAGAACGUAAAUCGUUGUGAUAUCUUCGUGAUUCUCGACAUCUGA